AUGCUCCAUGAAGACCAAGCCGGCUCGCGCGACAAGUUCCGUGAAGUGCACCGUGUGGCUCUCUUCGCAGAAGGCCGCGCUCUGGUGACCGAACUUGGCCACGCCUUUGACGUGGUGAUCCAAGGCCAAGCUGGCCCGCGUCCCGAGGAAGCCCGUGCGGCCCAAGACGAAACACACGAGCGCGCGGCGACGCCAGAGGUUGGCCAUGGCAUUGACGUGCUGGUCCAAGGCCAAGCUGGCUCGCUUCCCGAGGAAGAGGUCGAGAUGGAUGAGAUGCAGGAGCCCGCCCAAUGCCGCGUCUGGGUCUGA